AUGAGCGUUUAUGAUUCUUUCAUGAAUCAAUCCGAAGAUCCUCUUAUUCGAAAUGAGCAAUAUAUGAGGAUAAUUGAAGAUAAAUUGGAAGAAUUAGCAACUCUUAGAGAAGAUUAUUCCAAAAUUGAAUCCGUUAUUCAACAAUAUAAUCAAGAACUCGAAAAAGUUAAAGAAAAUACUGAAAAACAUGAACAAACAAUAGUCAUUCCGCCAUCAUCUAUAAAAAAUACUGAUGAAACAGAAGAAGAAUCCAUUGCACCAGCAUUAUCACCAAGAAUAGCAGCACUCGCAGUUUCAGAAACUAGUGACGAACAAAAAUAUUACGAUAAUCUUGAAAAAGUACAAGACUUAGCGCUUCAAGUACCUGAAGAAUAUAAAAAACGAGCUCAAAAACUUGUAAACGUAUGUGAAGAAGUAUACAGCACAAGAUUAUAUUUGAAUGAUGUACUUAAUAUCGAAAUACCAGACAAUUUUGAUUUUGAUAGAAUUGGAAUCACAUUUAAACCAAAUAAUGUUCAAUUUAUGGAUGUAGAAAACGAAGUUAUUUACUCAGAACCACCAAAUAAACCAAUACUGGCAAAAAGAAAAGAACUUGGACAAAUAGAAGAAGAUAUUAAAUCACUAAAUCAGCGUAUUUCAGAUAAACGUGCAGAUCUUGAACGAUAUGCAAGAGUUUAUGAUCUAAAUGUUAAGUGUCUUGCAGCAAAAACGAUUUCAUCAACUUUACCUCCAAAUUCAGUUUCAAAUAUAUUAAAAUCCGAAGAAGAAGCAAAGAACUUUGCAAGUAUGAACAAAGCAAAAGCAGAAGAAUUAAAGCUUCAAAUUAAAAGGCUUCAAAAUGAAAUUUCAGAAAAGCAAUUCGAAAAUUCGCAUGAUAUUGUUACAUUAGUUAACAUGAUGAAACAAAGAAAGCUUGAUGAAGCUAAACUUCAGCACAAAUAUAGAUCAUUUUUAAGUGAACUUGCAGCUCUCACACAUUGUAUUGAUUUAGAUUGUGAAAAUAUUAAUGUUAUACAAAGUAAUGUCGAAAAAAUGAAAAAGCAAGUCUCUAAAUUGCAAUAUGAUACACAGUUUUAUACUUGUCCUGCUUAUUUAAGUCAUAUCAAGCUGCGUGAUAUGGAGUUGAAACAACAGCUUCAAAAAGUAAAAUCAACAAAGGAAACGUUACAAUAUAAAGUUUCGAUGACGAAAAGAAAAAUUGAGCUCACGAAUGAGAGAGUUCCAGAUGAUCUCAUGAGCAAUAUCUAA